UCGGUAAGGCCUCAUCCUUCCAAUGGCGACUGCGAACAGGCUGAACAUAAAGCGGGAGCAACUCGGAGAAGCACGGAGCGUUGUGAUCUAAUUUACUUGAAUAUAUCAUUUCUCUGUUGUGAUAAAGCAAGAAUCUGUGUCACUUCUCCAAAUCUCUAAAUCAAUGGCCCAAAAUCGGAACAGUUCGCUCCUUGAGUCGGAGCUCUAUUACUUGAUAAGUCGUUUCUUGUCAACGGGUCCGUGUCGGAAAGCAGCUGAGGUCCUGGCAAGAGAACUGGAGGAGUACCAGCUUCUACCCGCGAGAUUGGACUGGCUGGGAAACAAGCACCCAAGAACAUUUGAAGAUGUGGUUGCAGCCACCAAACACAUUGCGCCAGAUCAUUUGCUGCAAGUAUGUAAGCAGAUUGGACCAAUUCUUGAUAAAGAGGUGCCAUCAUGUGUCCCAGGGGUACACUCUCUCCUUGGGUCUGGAAAGCAGUCAAUGCUUCGGACUGCCAAAGAUUGCAUUAGUGCAAGAUUAAGAGCAUCAUCAUAUGCAGCCCUUCACCGGGGCAGACCACCAGAGAGGCCUUUGAACUGCAAAACCCCUCCACAGCUAGUGAAGGUCCACCGAGGCAGAGAGCUGACAGGAGCGCAGCACUUCAGCUCCAUCAAUCCUGUCAGCAACUAUGAGCGCAUGCGUCUGCACAGGCGUAUCCUGGGGCAUCUGUCUGCAGUAUACUGUAUUGCAUUUGAUCGCACCGGUCUCAGGAUCUUCACAGGCUCAGAUGACUGUUUGGUGAAGAUUUGGUCUUCUUUUGAUGGAAGGCUUCAUUCAACACUGCGAGGACACUCUGCAGAGAUCACAGACUUAGCAGUGAAUUAUGAAAACACAUUAAUUGCUGCAGGUAGCUGUGACAAGACCAUCCGUGUAUGGUGCCUUCGCACUUGUGCUCCUGUGGCUGUGCUGCAGGGACACAGUGGAUCCAUUACCUCCCUACAGUUUUCGCCUUUUGCUAAGGGCUCAAAACGUUACAUGCUGUCUACUGGAACUGAUGCUACAGUGUGCUUCUGGCAGUGGGAUGUCAACAACAUCAAUUUUAGUGAUCGGCCACAGAAAUUUACAGAGCGGCCAAGGCCAGGAGUUCAGACUGUGUGCUCCUCUUUCAGCCCAGGUGGGAUGUUUUUAGCAACAGGAAGUACUGAUGAUGUCAUCAGAAUUUACUACUUGGGAAGUGGAAGCCCAGAAAAGAUAUCAGAGCUCCAUGAGCACACGGACAAAGUUGAUAGCAUCCAGUUCUGUCACUCAGGGGAAAGUUGCUGUUUAAGGUUUGUCAGUGGAAGUCGAGAUGGAACUGCACGGAUCUGGAAGCUUCAUCAGCGACAGCAAUGGAGAUGCAUUUUGCUCAACAUGUCUGCCACACUUCCAGGUGCUGAACCACUGAGUGAUGAAGAAACUUAUUUCAAACCCAAAGUCACCAUGGUAGCGUGGGAUCGACAAGAUAAAACGGUCAUCACAGCCGUCAAUAACCAUCUCCUCAAAGUGUGGGACAGCUACACGGGACAGCUGCUACAUAUCCUAAAAGGCCAUGAGGCUGAGGUUUUCGUCCUGGAGCCACAUCCCUUUGACUCCAGGAUAAUCCUGUCUGCAGGGCAUGAUGGGAACAUCUUCAUAUGGGACCUUCAGCGAGGGGAGAACACACAGCAUUACUUUAACAUGAUUGAGGGCCAAGGUCAUGGAGCUGUUUUUGACUGCAAAUUCACCCCUGAUGGUCAGCGGUUUGCCUGCACAGACUCCCACGGCCAUCUGCUCAUCUUUGGUUUUGGCAGCUCCAAGCCGUAUGAGAAGCUUCCAGAUCAGGUGUUCUUCCACACUGACUACCGACCGCUCAUCAGGGACUCAAAUGGCUUUGUGCUGGAUGAACAGACACAGCAGGCCCCCCACCUCAUGCCCCCUCCCUUCUUGGUGGACGUGGAUGGAAACCCCCAUCCUCCUAGGUACCAACGUCUCGUCCCAGGGCGUGAGAACAUUGCUGCUGAACACCUGGUUCCUCAGCUGGGAUAUGUAGCCACAAGUGAUGGAGAAGUGGUGGAGCAGGUGAUCAGCCAGCAGACUGCAGAGCAUGAAGAGGUUGCAGGAAGACGUGUCAGUCUCCUUGAUGAGGCUAUAAGACAUCUUCAGGAGCAGCAGGAACGGCAGAAUCAACCUGUGACGGAGGCAGCACCAGGGGCUGCAGCAGGUCCACAAGGGCAAGCUGAUGCUCAAGGCCCAGCUUUUGUACCAGCCCCAAACACACCACGCAGAGUGUCUGUGAAUGAACGAGCAGAUGUGCAGUCACCUCCUAACGUGGGACUGCGCCGCAGCGGACAGGUGGAGGGUGUGAGGCAGAUGCACCAGAAUGCUCCUCGUAGUCAGAUGGCCACAGAGAGGGACUUGCAGGCCUGGAGGCGCAGGGUGGUGGUGCCUGAACUAGCAACCAGCAGCUACAGGGACCAGGAGGAGAGUCGAAUAGCCCAAGGAGAGGAGGAGGUUGCUUUGUACAGUACAAAGAAGAGACGCAUCAUCCACAGCAGCUGUCGGGAUGAUUCAGAUGAUGAAACUCCAAGUACAAAGCAAGGACACAGCAGGAGUGACACACUGGAAUUCAUCGACCUGUCCUGUGAGGAGGGAGAGGAGACAGCCAGCUCAGAGGACAAUGAAUUGGAUGCCAGUGAUUUGGAUUCCUCCAAUGAUGAUGAAGAGUGGAAUAGUGACAGCUCAAGCCACACAUCUAGUGAGUAUUCAGACUGGACAGCAGACGCUGGGAUCAACCUUCAGCCAUCCACCCCUUUGUCAUCGAGGAAACGGCGGCAGCGCCAACUCAGCAGUUCUGAAGAGGAGGAAGAUGACAAGAAUGAAGGAGAGGAGGAGAAGGAGCAGAGUGAGGAGGAAGAAAAACCUCAGAAGAAAGGCAAAGAAAAGGUCAAGAGGCUAAAGAACGGCACAAACAAGCGUCCAAAGGCUCGACCAUCCAUCAACAGAGAAGUGUCCAAUGAAUUCAGACCCUCCCCUUGGAUCACUGAUGUCAUUCCCAGGAAGUCUCCUUUUGUUCCUCAAAUGGGCGAUGAGGUUAUCUACUUUCGGCAGGGACACGAAGCUUAUGUGGAGGCAGUGAAUCGGAGUGAACUGUACCCCAUUAAUUUAGACAAACAGCCCUGGAAAAAAAUGGACCUGCGGGACCAAGAGUUUGUGAAGAUAACAGGGAUCAAAUAUGAAGUCUGUCCUCCAACGCUCUGUUGUCUGAAGUUGACUCUCAUUGACCACGGCACUGGGAAAAUCACAGACAAGUCAUUUUCUAUCAAGUAUCAUGAUAUGCCGGAUGUAAUUGAUUUUCUUGUCCUGAGGCAAAGUUAUGACGAGGCGCUCCGUAGAAACUGGCAACCAAAUGACAGGUUCCGCUCGGUGAUAGACGACGCCUGGUGGUUUGGGACCAUUGACUGCCAGGAGCCGUACCAGCCAGAAUAUCCUGAUAGUCUUUUCCAGUGCUUCAAAGUCGGCUGGGACAACGGCGAACUCGAGAAACUGAGUCCCUGGGAUGUGGAGCCAAUCCCAGAUGAUGGUGUCUGCUCUGCAGCCCAGCAGCCGGAUACAGAAGGAGGGGGGAUCCCUGUGACGGCUGAUGAGAUGAGUGAGCUGAUGUACAAGCCUCUGCUAGGGGAGUGGGGGGAGCGGAGCAGGGAUGAGGAGUGUGAGCGAAUCAUCGCUGGAAUAGACCAGCUCCUCACUGUCGAGAUUGCAGCCCCCUUCUCUGGUCCAGUUGACUUAAUACAGUAUCCUACUUACUGCACUGUGAUUGCCUAUCCUACUGACCUGGCCACCAUCAGACUCCGCCUCCUCAACAGAUUCUACAGACGCCUUUCAGCAUUAAUUUGGGAUGUCAGGUAUGUUGCACACAAUGCCCGCACUUUCAAUGAGCCAAGCAGCAAGAUUGCCCACUCUGCAAGGAUUAUCUCCAAUGUCCUCCAGAAAUUCAUCAACAACCCCGGCUGCACAGACAUCAUGGAGAUUUACAAUGCUGUUGAAGAAAUGGAUGAUGAUGAGGAAGAGGACACAGAAGCACCAGGCACAUCCUCUGGACACAGACUACGUCAGCGCUCUGCAGAGGUCGUGCCCGACAGAGACGCCUGGAAGGAACAAUGCAAGAAUCUCCUCAACUAUAUAUUUGACUGUGAGGACUCAGAACCAUUCAGACAGCCUGUGGAUCCACUCAACUAUCCAGACUACCACGAAAUCAUUGAUACACCAAUGGACUUUGGCACGGUGAAAAGGACCUUGGAGACGGACGGCUAUGAAAACCCUAUCGAGCUGUGCAAAGACACUAGACUCAUAUUUGCCAAUGCUAAAGCCUACACACCCAAUAAACGGUCCAAGAUUUACAGCAUGACUCUGCGACUCUCUGCCUUUUUCGAGGAGCAGAUACGAACGAUCAUAUCGGAGUACAAGAGUGUCGUAAAGAGCAGUGAUCGACUCCGACGUAGUCAGAGGUUCCGCAAGAAAACACAGCAGCAGGAUCCGACGUCUGCAACAACCAGUCAAAAAAGAGCUGCUUUAAAAACUCAGGAAAAAAUGGAGCCGAUGUCAUCAACCAAAUCUACCUCAGCCAAAGUGUCUGUUCCUGAGAGGACCAAGAGGAGUCUAAGCAGCAGCUCAGGUCACAGCUCCUCGGACGACUCCAAAGGUGCUUCAUCAACACCAGAAUCUGAAUGUGAGAGCGAGCUGAGCGCAUCAGAAGGGGGGAAAAGUCAGAGAAGCUCAAGUAACCAUCAUCUGAGGCAGACGGCAAGAGUUACACGAAGCAAGCGUGCCAAGGCGAGGAAAAAGGUUGCAGAGAGUGAUAGUGAAGAGGAGGAGGAGGAGGAAGAGGAGGAGCCUGAGGAGGAGCUUGACAGUGAAGGUGAAGAUGGAGAGAUGUCCUCCCAGUCUUCAGGCCCACGCUAUCCCAGUAAAACCAGCAGAAGCACACGGAAGACCAGAAACAGCGCUGGCAUAGACGAAGGCAGAGCAAAAGUGAAUGGCCACAGCAGCAGGUCGUCUCGCAGGAAGAGACGCCACUACCAGGAUGGGACUGUAUCGGAAGGCUCUGAUGGAGAAGCAGAUGAAACGGCAAUUCGCAAGUCACUUAAAAGAAAAACGGCGAGGGCAGCUGUAAACAAGAUCAAACUCCUUGAAGUGUCAGAUAAUGACGAUGAGGAAGGAGAGGAGGAAGAGGAGGAGAAGCCAAACAAGAGCAGUCGCAGCCACCACCCAGCCCGGUCUUCCAAACGCGCAGCGGUGAUUCAGAGCUCCUCUGAUUCCGAGGACGAGUCGUCAUCCAGGGCCUCUCAGAAGUCAAAGGUGUCCAGAGGUCUGUCCAAGAAGAAGAAAGAUGGGGACCACAAUGGAGAAACAGGACCCAGCAAAUGGAGAUCACCAAGAGAAGACGCCAAGACCAAAGGAAACUAUGUGAAUGGGCACCAUGCAAAACAUCACAAGUCUGACAACAGCUCUGCACAAGAGGAAGCCACAGACAGCAGCUCUGAAGACACUGAAGAGGAGGAGGAACAGGAGGCAGCGUCUCAGAAACCCUCUGGAAACAAAACUGCUGCAUCAAGGAAGAAAAGGAUUACCAGUGAGGAGGAGGAGGACGGUGAGCCAGAGGACGGUGAGCCAGAGGACAAGAGCAAGAGCACACGACACAACUUAGGUGAGGGGGCCAAAGAUCACAGGUCUCAAAAACAUCCAUCCCAAAAUGGGAAAAAUGCUGAGGAUUCUAGCCUCAAAGACUCUCGGAAAAAGAAAAGAGACAUUUUAUCAAAAAGCCAAGAGAAACAAAAAUCUGCCUCAAAUAAUAAAAUGCAUGGUAUGAAUCCAGAGGAGCUUAGUGACUGUCAGAAGAGAUCUGGCCUACGGAAGAAAAGUCAGAGGAAAAAUGAAGGAUGUGAAGCUCAGAGCUCCGACUCCAGUGAGGAAUCUGAGGCUGAAACCAAGCUGAAGAGGCCGACGAGGAGCAAGCGUGAAUCUAAACGGCCGUACUAUGACACCUUAGUGUCCGAUAGCUCUGAGCAGGAAUACAAGCCCAAGAGGAAGGUGAGGAGGAAACGCUCCUCCGGCUCAUCGGAGGAAGACUCCGAUAAAUCUGACAACACUUCUAACAGACGGUUUAAUCUCAGAGCCCUGCCAAAAAAGAAAUACAUCAGUGAGAACUCUCUGUCAGAGGAGGAUUCUGCUUCUGUGAACCAGGGUAAACGCAGAGACUGCAACACAGCCACAACAUCUCGGGAAGACAGGAAUAAUACAAGAGAGGUGCUCAGAACCUCUCCCAGCAAACCCAGGUAUCAGCCGUCUUCCAAGAGAAAACGUAUUUACACUUCAGACUCUGAUGAUGCAGCAAAAGAUUCCAAAAACAAUAAAACUAGCUGGUCGGGCACCAAAAGGGAAUCCAAACAAGAUGACACCUUUUCCCAAUCCGAUUCCAGUGAGGAGGAUGCGGACGGUUCAAGCGGAAUGAAGAAGAGCACGAGGCAACAGAAACGCAAACAGAAGGAAAGCUUCAGCAGCAGCAACCACAGUUCUGACUCAGAAAGCCAGCAGUCCUCCUCAGCCUCAGAAAACUCGUUCGCCUCAGGAUCUCACAGCAGUCCAAAGAGGAGGAGUCACAGACUGUCUGUAAGAACUGCCAGCCGCAAGCUAAGGCAGCGCCACAAGUGCUCUGACUCUGAGGAGGAAGACAGUGAAGAGUCCGAGGGCAAACCUCAUCGAAGGACGUGUGUGAACACCCGGAAUCGAGGCAAGCGAACAGUAACCUAUCACGACAGCGAAUAAGAGAGAAAUGCAGACAUUAGCAGGAGACCUUGAAGAAACUUGACGGCCGCAUUAUGGUAGUAGCACUGGAGUCCUCAACAGAAAAUGCUGUGAAUCUGUUUCAUUCAGGGAUAUUUAUAUUUUCUAUGAAAACAUGUUUAUAAAUGUAAAACCAAUUCAAGCAUUGGACUGCUGGCUUUCACAAGAAUACAGAGCAAAACAUCCCAUAGUGCUCGUGUGAUCUGUCCAGUGGAGGAACCAUUCUGGGGGGUCUUAUCAGCUUGGGUGCUAACUAAUAUACCUCUGUUUUAUCAAGCAUAUUGCUGGCUUGCACUAUGAUACACUGUAACGAGGUAUUUCAUGAACUAGUUUUGCAUUAGUAACUCAGGGGUCAACUAAGUUUACUGUCAGACAUGCAGUUGUUUUUUUUUUUUAAGAUAAGUUCAAGAAACAAUUGCAGGUUGGUCGAUGUCCAAGCACACUCAUGGGGACAAAACAAACCUAUGUUCAGACUUUUGUUUAGAGCACUCCUUUGUAAAUCCACACACGUUAAAUGCUUUACUGUUUUAUGAGUUGAUGUGAGCCAAAUGAACCAAUCUGAAUUCUUUCCCAUGCCAUUUCAUUUUUUUGUAUUCUAAUAAAUAGAUGUAAAUAUUUGGUUGAGAACAGCAGUGUCUAAAGGCGUGGAGAUCCUUGGAUAGGAACAAUAUUUAAAUUUGAGGGUUUUUUAAUUUGUAUUUCCUUUUUUGACAUUUAAAUGCAUUGUCUUGCUUUCUGUCACAAAUCGGUACCUUUUGCUGAGUACAGGUAACCAGAAGUACUCACUGCAAAAUACGGACAUUUCUCAUAUUGGGAAGACCUUAAAUCAUGUUGGUGUUACCUACUUUCAGUAUUAAAUUCUUUUUCUGAGUUGACUUUGAGUGUUUGGCCAGUAACAUGGUUUCAUUUGGUUGUGGGGAGGUUUUCUUUUUUUGGAUACAGUCGCUGAAUGACAGUUUGCCUGUUUUUCAUAAACCUUGGUAACAGAUUUCCUAGAAAACUUAAAGGCAAUGUCGUUGUGGAGUGCAAAUAGUUAAUCCUAUUAAUAAAGACCUCUUUGCAAGGUG